AUGGGUCGCGUGUACAAGGGCGAGAAGCACAACAUCAUCGCCGCGCGCGCCGCGGGGAACACGAAGCGGAAGAACACGCUGCUGAAGGAGUACCGCGCGUCGAACAAGGCGAACGCGUUCGUCGACCGGCGCUUCGGCGAGGGCGACGCGACGCUGACGCCGGAGGAGCGUCAGAUCGGACGACUCACGCGCACGCGACUCCGGCAGCUCGGGACGGGACGCGGCGGGAAGAAGUCGUUCGCGCUGGGAGACGACGACGACGGGAACGCCUGGAUGAACGACGGCGACGGCGGCGACGACGCGGAUGGGGGGACGACGCUCACGCACGGCGGCGUCGCGAUCGACGAGGCGACGGAGAAGCGACGAUCGGAGCAUCAUCUCGCGCGGCGGGCGACGACGACGCGGCGGAGCGCCCGCGACGGCUUCGGGGGGUCCGACAGCGACGACGAUUUCGGCGGCGGCAUGGACCGCGCCAUCACCGGGGCUCUGCACUUCGGCGGCGGGGAGGGGAACGGGGACGACGACGACGGCGGGUUCGAGCCGUCGCUGAAGCGCGGCGACCACGGCGUGGACGGCGACGACGACGGCGGCGAGAGGCGAAAGACGAAAGCCGAGGUCAUGACGGAGCUGAUCGAGAAGUCGAAGUAUCACAAGGCGCUCAAGACGCGUCAGAGGGAGGCGGACGAGGACUUGCUGGAUAAGCUCGACGGCACGUUCGCGGCGCUCAGCGGCGAUGGCGCGUUUCGAGCCGUCCUGAGCAAGGGCGUCGGGCACUUAAAGCCCGACGGGUGGACGCGCGACGGAAAUCGACGCGACAAAAAAAACCAAAAGGGAGAAACAAACGCCGCCGCGCCGUCCGGGAUCGACCUGGACGCGAAGGCGAAAGAAGCCGGCGAGGUCGUGAAGGACGACUACGAUAAGAUCACGCGCGCGCUCGCGCUCGAGGCGCGAGGGCGAGCCGCGGACAGGACGCGCACGCAGGAGGAAAUCGACGCGGCGGAGGCUGCGAAGCUCGAGGAGGCUGAGCGGGGACGAUUGAAACGGCAACGCGCGGGGGACAGCGACGACGAUGUUGCGCUGUCGGACGGCGACGACGACGGGAUGCGUGCAGGGGGCGGGUACGCCGCGAGACGCGCGAAGAGCAAGGGGAGUCGCGCGAAGGACGACGACGGGGACGACGGCGCGAAGAAGGAGAAGAAGAAGGCGAGGAAGGAUGGAAGAAUCGGCGGGGACGAUCUCGGCGACGAUUUCGCCGUCGGGUCGGACGGCGACGACGACGACGACGGAAAGGGCGGCGGCGGCGCGUUCUUCGGCGGCGACCCGCUCGCGUACGGAUCCUCCUCCGAGGAGGAGGGCGACGUGGAAGGGCUCGACGCGAAGGAGGCGGAGAGACGAGCGAUGACGAAGAGCCUCAAGAGGGAAGUCGGAUCGAUCAAAGACUUGGAGAGAGGGAAGAAACGCCUGAGGAAGUUGGGGCUCCUGGACGACGGCGGCGACGCCGGCGAAGAUGAAGAGGACGAUGGCGACGACGACGACGGCGAUGAUGACGACGACCAAGAGGACGACGACGACGACGACGACGACGAGGAGGAGGAGGAGGAGGAUGAGGAGGAGGAGGAGGAGGAGGACGAAGAAAAAAAAGUGGCCGACGACGUCGACGACAAAUCGGACAUCGUCUCCAUCCCCGAUAACUCCGACACGUCCAUCUCCGUGACGCCCUCGGACGAAGACGCGGGCGGCGCGGAGUCCGACUCCGACCCCGCGGCGCGGUCGAAGAAGACGGAGACGGCGUCGUCGCCGCCGAGACCGACAUCGACAUCGACGGAGCUCCCGUUCACGUUCCCGAUGCCGGAGACCCCGGAGCAACUGAACGACAUCGUCGGCGCGUUGAGCCCCGCGGACACCGCGUUGGCGUUGGAACGCAUCCGGAAGUGCCACGCGCCGACGCUCAAGGAGGACAACCGGAAGAAAACGCAGACGUUUUUAGGGUUACUCCUGCAACGGUUCGAAGUCCUCGCCGGGGAGUCGCCUCUGCCGGCGGUGUACCUGGAUAUCCUCGCGGCGAACGUCGCCGCGGUGGCCGCGUCGGUGCCGUUUUUCGCGGCGACGGCGGCGCGCGCGCGGUUGGAAAAAAUGUCCGCGCGUCUGCGCGCGGCGCUUCGCGACGACGAGACCGGCUGGCCGCCCGCGCGGACGAUCCUCCUCCUCGCGCUCUUCGCGGAAGUGUUCCCGACCACGGACAAACAACAUCCGGUGUGCACGCCCGCGGCUCUGUACAUCGGGAACGUCCUCGCGCACUGCGCGAUUCGCGGCGCGAGAGAGGCGGCGCUCGCCGUCGUGUUCAGCGCGUUGGCGGCGGCGUACAGCCUUCCGGGCGGCGGCGGCGGCGGCGAUGCGACGUCGAAGAAGAAGAAGAAGAAGAAGAAGAACGACGCGGACGCGGACGCGGACGCGGACGCGGACGCCCCGACCACCGGCGUCCUCGCCUCCCUCGCGUCGAUUCUCUCCGCCGCGCCCGCGAACGCGCCGAGCGAUUGGCUCCCGAACGGCGACGACGACAAGCACGCCGUGUUACUCGCCGCGGUGAAAACGCUCCGGACGCUGUGCGCGCCGGCGACGAAGACGCCGUCGGCGCGGGAGUUCUUGGCCCCGACCGUCGUCGCGAUCGAGCGCCUCGGCGCGACGCUUCGCGGUGUCACCGUGGAAGAGAACGACGCGAACACCAAGUCGAAAACGCCACCGCCGCCGCCGUUACUGCUGACGGGCGCGCUGAAACGCGCCGCGGAGGCGUGCGUCGCGCUCGAGGCGGACGUCGCGCCCGCGUUCGCGUCGUCGGCCAAACGCCCGCCGCUGACGUGGCGUCUCAAGAAGGUCGAAGCGAUCAAGGUGUACAACCCGAUGUACGAGAUCGAGGGGUACCAGAAAGGGCGGGACUACGACCCGAACCGCGAGAGGGCGGAGGCGAAGAAGCUGCGGCGGCAGCUCAAGAAGGAGGCGCGCGGCGCCGUGCGCGAGCUCCGGAAGGACAACCGGUUCCUCGCGGAGGAGCGGCACAAGGAGAGCAGCGCGGCGGCGGACGAGCGCGGGGAGAGACAGAGGGACACGCUCGCGUUCUUGGAGAAGCUCGAGGGCGACCUCAAGAGCGGCGGGCAGGGUGGGAUGAUCGUGAAGACGCAGCGGAGGGUCAACGGCGGCGGCGGCGGGCGCGGGAAGAAAGCCGGCGGCAGAGGGGGCGGCGGCGGGGGGAAACGAUAG